GUAUAUAAACUUAGCUGCACGAGUGGAUUCAUCGGCAAAACAAAUAUUCCUGCUGAACGAGACACUCGUGGUCGCAGCAAUGGUUUUGUCCCUGCCGCUCUGGCUCAACGUGCUUUUGAGCCUUUCAGCCGUUUUUCUGGGUCUGCUCUACUACUACCUAACCUACAACUUCGAUUAUUGGAAGAAAAAGGGCGUCAAACAUGAGAAAGGUUGGCCACUGUUCGGCUCGGUCUUUACGGCCAUGACCCUGAGGGAGCACAGGGUCCACUGCCUCGAUAAAAUCUACAAAAAAUACAGCGGUGAGAGUUUCGUCGGCUAUUACCAGGGAAGAGACCCGGCUCUUCUCGUCUUAGAUCCUGAGCUGAUCAAGAGAAUUCUUGUCAAAGACUUUAGUUAUUUUACCAGCCAUGGCGUCAAGUUUCAUGAGCAAAGAAACCCCAUGUUGGCGAAGAGUUUGUUCGGUUUGGACGGACAGCGAUGGCGAGACAUGAGGAGCAAAAUGGCGCCGACCUUCACCACGGGCAAAAUUAAAAUCAUGGUGCCACACAUGGCCGAGGCGGGCCGAAAUUGGCUUCAGUUUUUGUCUAAAAACGUCUCCGAUGAAGCGGUCGAUCUGAAGGAGCUUGCGGUGACCUACACAGCCGACGCAAUCGGAAGCUGCGUCUUCGGCGUGAAUUACAAUGCGUUCGAAAAUCCGAACAAUACGUUCAUGAAAAUGGGCAGAAGAUUAGUUAGCUACGACUUUAAGAGAGGAUUUAAGGCGUUUUGCGUGUUCCUUUUCCCAGAGCUCGCGAAAUUUUUCGAUUUGGAGUUUUUUGAAAAGAGCACGGUUGAGUUCUUCUGCAACCUACUUACGGAAAUGAUGGAUAGCAGGAAGAAAACGGGACAGACGCGCAAAGAUUUUCUGCAGUUGAUGAUUGAACUGAAGGAAAAAGGUUCCGUGGCUUCAGACAACGCAGAAGAAGAAAAAGAGAGCAAAGAACUCGGUGGAUUAGAAGAUUCCCAGCUUUCAUCGGGCAAAUUCGAAUUUUCUGACGAGGAUCUAUUCGCCCAGGCGUUUGGUUUCUUCAUUGCUGGAUUUGAAAAUUCGUCGACGCAGAUUUCUCUUGCAUGCUUAGAGCUGGCUGUCGAGAGCACAUUGCAGCAAAGAGCACACGCCGAAAUCGAUCAGGUUUUGAAGGAACACGACGGAAAAUUGACUGCCGAAGCGCUCAAAAAAAUGGUUUACCUCGAAAGCAUAGUCCAAGAAACGCUUCGAAAAUACCCGGCAACGGGAGGACUGAUCCGCAGCUGCACCAAAAACUACAUGAUCCCCGGCACCAACGUGCGUCUCGAAAAAGGCACAAUCGUCAUGAUUCCAUCUUACUCGCUCCAAAACGAUCCCAAGUACUUCCCUGACCCAGAAAGGUUUGACCCUGAACGCUUCUGUGACGAGGACGCUCACCACAAACUGCAGUACCUGUACACACCCUUUGGAGACGGACCGAGACACUGCAUAGGAAUGCGAUUCACUCUGCUUCUAAUCAAAACUGGCCUGGUUUCGAUUUUGAGCAAAUUUGAAAUCUUGCCAUGCAAAGAAACGGUAUAUCCGCCAACAAUCGACCCGCUUCGCAUGCCUCUGAGCGCUGUUGGUGGAGUUCGAGUGAAACUGCAAGAGCGAAUAGUUAAAAUUAUAUUUUGCCUGGUAACCGAUCAUAAAAGCGAUUCAAUUACUGAGUAUAACAAUCGAUUAUUUCUUUGCCAAGUCGAUUAUUUAUGUACAUCCCUAUAUAUACUUAGCUGCGCACGAGUGGAUUCAUUGGCAAAACAAAUAUUCCUGCUGAACGACACACUCGUGGUUGCAGCAAUGGUUUUGUCCCUGCCGCUCUGGCUCAACGUGCUUUUGAGUCUUUCAGCCGUUUUUCUGGGUCUGCUCUACUACUACCUCACCUACAACUUCGACUAUUGGAAGAAAAAGGGUGUCAAAUAUGAGAAAGGCUGGCCACUAUUCGGCUCGCUGUUUACGGCCAUGACCCUGAGGGAGCACAGGGUCCAAUGCCUCGAUAAUAUCUACAAAAAAUACAGCGGUGAGAGUUUCGUCGGCUAUUACCAGGGAAGAGACCCGGCUCUUCUCAUCUUAGAUCCUGAGCUGAUCAAGAGAAUUCUUGUCAAAGACUUUAGUUAUUUUACCAGCCAUGGGAUUGAGUUUCAUGAAAAAACCAACCCCAUGUUGGCGAAGAGUCUGUUCGCUUUGGACGGACAGCGAUGGCGAGACAUGAGGAGCAAAAUGGCGCCGACCUUCACCACGGGCAAAAUGAAAAUCAUGGUGCCACACAUGGUCGAGGUGGGCCAAAAUUGGCUUCAGUUUUUGUCUAAAAACGUCUCCGAUGAAGCGGUCGAUCUGAAGGAACUUGCAGUGACCUACACUGCCGACGCAAUCGGAAGCUGCGUCUUCGGCGUGAAUUACAAUGCGUUCGAAAAUCCGAACAAUACUUUCAUGACAAUGGGCAGAAGACUAGUUAGCUACGACUUUAAGAGAGGAAUUAAGGCGAUUUGCGUGAUCUUUUUCCCAGAGCUCGCGAAUUUUUUGGAUUUUGAAUUUUUUGAAAAGAGCAUGGUUGAUUUCUUCUGCAACCUACUUACGGAAAUGAUGGAUAGCAGGAAGAAAUCGGGACAGACGCGCAAAGAUUUUCUGCAGUUGAUGAUUGAACUGAAGGAAAAAGGUUCAGUGGCCUCAGACAACGCAGAAGAAGAAAAAGAGAGCAAAGAAUUAGGCGGAUCAUUUGAAGAUUCCCAGCUUUCAUCGGGCAAAUUCGAAUUUUCUGACGAGGAUCUAUUCGCUCAGGCGAUUGGUUUCUUCGUUGCUGGAUUUGAAAAUUCGUCGACGCAGAUUUCUCUUGCAUGCUUAGAGCUGGCUGUCGAGAGCACAUUGCAGCACCGAGCCCACGCCGAAAUCGAUCAGGUUUUGAAGGAACAUGACGGAAAAUUGACUGCCGACGCGCUCAAAAAAAUGGUUUACCUCGAAAGCAUAGUAGAAGAAACGCUUCGAAAAUAUCCGCCAACGGGAGGACUGGUCCGCAGUUGCACCAAAAACUACCUGAUCCCCGGCACCAACGUGCGCCUCGAAAAAGGCACAAUCAUCAUGAUUCCAUCUUACUCGAUCCAAAACGAUCCCAAGUACUUCCCUGACCCUGAGAGGUUUGACCCUGAACGCUUCUGUGACGAGGACGCUCACCGCAAACUGCAGUACCUGUACACUCCCUUUGGAGACGGACCGAGACAUUGCAUAGGAAUGCGAUUCACUCUGCUUCUCAUCAAAACUGGCCUGGUUUCGAUUUUGAGCAAAUUUGAAAUUUUGCCAUGCAAAGAAACGGUAUAUCCGCCAAAAAUCGACCCGGUCCGCAUGCCUCUGAGCGCUGUUGGUGGAGUUCGAGUGAAACUGCAAGAGCGAAAAGUUAAUAACUGACUCAUUGUGAGUGUGACACCGGGAAAUUGUACUAGAAAAACGAUUAAAUGGUUUGCUUGAUAUGAGGUUGCUCUUCUGUAAAAUGAAUACGAAAUGAAUUGCACAGCAUGUACUUACGGACUACCUGAGAAAAAUAUUGGACUGCGGGGUAUUUUUUUUUAAUAAAAAUAAAAUAAAAACUU